AUGAGCGAGGAUCGGCGCUCUCGGCUUGCGCCACGAUGGGCCACCGACUCCCGUACCUUGCUCGCUCUCGUAGCGCUGCAAGGAUUCCUCCUGCGGCUAUUCUCAGCGGUGAAGCACGAGGUGGUGCUGCACGAAUACGACCCCUAUUUCAACUACCAGUGCGCCAAGUUCAUGCUUAGACAUGGCGUACGCAACUUCUGGAAGUCGUUCGACGAGGGCAGCUGGUAUCCAUUCGGGCGGGCGGUGGGACAGACGGUGUACCCCGGGCUCAUGCUAACAGCCUACGCCGCCCACCAAGCGCUGCAGUACAUCGGCCUAGAUGUUGAUCUCAAGAGAGUAUGUGUCUUCCUGCCUGCAGUGUUCAGCGUAGGCACUGUCUAUGCAGUGUACCUCCUGGCAAAGGAAAUAUCGCAUGACGAGUGCGUCGCUGUCGCCAGCGCGUUUUUCGUCGGACCCAUGCCGGCGCUGGUGUCACGCACAACGGCAGGCGCCUUCGACAACGAAGCCGUAGCCAUCAUGCUUAUGGUGAUGUCGCUAUACGCCUGGUUGCGGGCGGUACGUGGCGCAUCGAUAGCGAGGUCGGCGGUGGCGGCAGCAACCACGUUCCUCAUGGCGUUAUCGUGGGGUGGAUAUGUCUUCGUAGUGAACGCCAUAGCCGCCUUCACGUUGGCAGCAAUGCUGCUGCGCGAGGCUGCCGAACGCGUAUGCGCCUUCUACACCGUUUACCACGCUCUGACCGUUGCGCUCUGUUUCUCCGUACCCAUGAUCUCGAAUGCCGUAUUAGGCACAAUGGAAAUGAAGCUACCACACAUAGUGUUUUCUCUGGCAAUCACACAACUCAGCGUUUCCUAUUCAACGAAACGAUGGCGUAGAUACCGGCAAUUCAAAGUAGAGAAUGGAGAGCAACCACCACCCAAGUCAGGGGAAAACACGCACGACGCGAGGGAAGAUGUGGAAAUGUCGGAUUUUGUUGGUUAUCGCAAGGUUAUCAACUGGGCUAUGAUAUUAGCGCCAGUUGCAGCCGUCAUCUGGUUGUUGGUUAUCGGGAAAUUUCACGAAAGCGAGUCCUCCCUCACAGCCAGGCUGCUCGCACUCAUCAAUCCAGGCAAAGCCACAUCCACAAAUCCGCUGGUGGCGUCUAUAUCUGAGCACCAGCCAACCAAAUGGAAGAGCAUGGUGUUGGACUUCUGGGUCACACUAAUAUACAACCCGAUCGGACUUUUCGCAUGCUUCAGAAACGGGAUCGAAAUAGGAUACCUCGCGCUCGCUAUAUAUGGAGUAGUGUCUUCGUAUUUCGCGGCCGCCAUGGUGAGACUGGGGCUCAUAUUCGCGCCGGCAGCUGCAAUACUCAGCGGAUUGGGUGUCUCCUACACGAUGGAGGGAUGCGCGCUCCGCAAAAAGAAUUGUGCUGCUUCAAUAGCAAUGGCUGUCGUUACCGGCAUGAUCAUGAUGAGCUACGUCACCCAUUGCACAUGGGUGGCAUCCACGAUAUACUCAAACCCAAAUGUAGUCGCUUCCUGGCGCUCACCAACCGGAGAGAGGCUGGUAGCCGAUGACUUCAGGGACGCGUACAGCUGGAUUAGACACAACACGCCCCGUGAUGCGGUGGUCAUGGCGUGGUGGGACUACGGCUACCAGCUGCGGCAGAUGGCCAACCGCACCGUCCUCACCGACAACAACACGUCCAACUAUCACCAGAUCGCGCUCACGGCGAUGAUAUUCGCGUCAGAGGAGGCGCAUGCACACAAAAUGCUGCGUGACCUCAACGUGCAUUACGUGAUGGUAGUGUACGGCGGUGUCGCCAAGUAUGCCAUGGACGACGUGAGCAAGUUCGGGUGGAUGACGCGCAUAGCGUCGAAGGAGUUCCCUCAGGUCCCUCAUUCCAGAUUCAAGGGUGAACAGGGAGACAAAUACUGGAGACGCACACUGCUAUACAAGCUGUGUUACCACGGAGUGGCGCAGGUUGCGGCAAAAGACAACGUACGGGACAAACCGUUGUCCCAAGAGCCCAUAGAAUUAACACAUUUCACGGAAGUCAUGACGUCUGAGAACUGGGUAGUCAGAGUUUACCGUGUGAACGGCGAGGGCGAGCAGGGUAUCGGGAUCUAG